AUGGACUGGAGCGCAGGAGGGGAAUUUGGAGAAGUGUGCAGUGGGCGCCUGAAGCUGCCUUCUAAAAAGGAAAUUUCAGUGGCCAUCAAAACUCUGAAAGCUGGCUACACAGAAAAGCAGAGAAGGGAUUUCCUGGGAGAAGCAAGCAUCAUGGGGCAGUUUGACCAUCCCAACAUCAUCCGACUGGAGGGCGUUGUGACUAAAAGUAAACCAGUUAUGAUUGUUACUGAAUAUAUGGAAAAUGGUUCAUUGGACAGCUUCCUACGGAAACACGAUGCCCAGUUCACAGUCAUUCAGCUAGUAGGCAUGCUUCGUGGGAUCGCAUCUGGCAUGAAAUAUUUGUCAGAUAUGGGUUAUGUCCACCGUGAUCUAGCUGCUCGUAAUAUACUCAUCAAUAGUAACUUGGUGUGCAAAGUCUCAGAUUUUGGUCUUUCCCGUGUAUUGGAAGAUGAUCCAGAAGCUGCUUACACAACAAGGGGGGGCAAGAUUCCCAUCCGAUGGACAUCACCAGAAGCCAUUGCAUACCGGAAGUUCACCUCAGCCAGUGAUGCGUGGAGCUACGGGAUUGUCCUCUGGGAGGUGAUGUCUUAUGGAGAGAGGCCGUACUGGGAGAUGUCCAACCAGGAUGUAAUUAAGGCUGUUGAUGAAGGGUAUCGUUUGCCACCUCCUAUGGACUGCCCAGCUGCCUUGUAUCAGCUGAUGCUGGACUGCUGGCAGAAAGACAGAAACAACAGACCCAAGUUUGAGCAGAUUGUCAGCAUCCUGGAUAAGCUGAUCCGUAAUCCCAGCAGUCUGAAAAUAAUCACCAAUGCAGCAGCAAGGUGACAUAUUAGAUCCUAC